CACGCCACCACGAGGAGAGUCGGCAGCACGGCACAGCCGGCACUCAGCUGAGUUUGAAACCCGACCCCAGGGCAACAUAAUGCAGACCUCAAACCUUCACAGCCGCAACGACAGCAACGGAGGCUGUAGUUCGUGCAGCCUACUCCAACGCCCAAGAUGCCGACGUUUGGGAGACGAAAAACAUGGGCCUUUGUCUUCGCCGCCUUCAUUCUCUUCUUCCUCUAUGCCUUCCACCGUCUUAACGCGAGCGACUCCAGUUUCUUGACCAAUUCUGGGCUCAACACCGAUGCUGGCAUCGCCCCCAAAAUAAAAUCAAAAUGGGCCAAAAUGAAGCCCAAAUUCCCGGUCAAGGAUAUGCGGGCCCUCCCAACAAGACAACCGCUCGCUCUACCCAAGGUGCAGAAAGACUUUGGCCCAGAGUCCGACUCGGACCGUGACGUACGCCUCAAGCGCCAAGAUGCCGUCCUGGCCUCCUUCCAACGAUGCUGGAAGUCGUACCGCAAACUUGCCUGGAUGAGCGACGAACUGAAGCCUAUUAGCGGGGCCAGACACAACCCCUUUGGCGGAUGGGGGGCUACCUUGGUGGACAGCCUCGACACGCUGUGGAUCAUGGGCUUGAAGGAAGAAUUUGAACACGCAGUUGCUGCAACAUCAAAGAUCAGCUUUGACAAGGUCCCAAACCAGGACAUCAACGUCUUCGAGACCAACAUUCGCUACCUAGGUGGUUUCCUCGCUGCAUACGAUCUCAGUGGUGACAAGCGCCUGCUCACCAAGGCCAGAGAAGUCGGCGAGAUGCUUUACAUCGCUUUCGACACGCCCAACCGGAUGCCGCUGACCAGAUGGAAUGCGUGGGCGGCGGGUUGGGGCAAAUCCCAGGUCGCCCAGGAUCACACCCUCCUCGCUGAGAUCGGCUCCUUCUCGCUCGAGUUCAUACGCCUGUCGAUUCUGACAGGCGAUGCCAAGUGGUACGACGCCGUGCAGCGCAUCAUCGAGCUCCUCCGGGAACAGCAGCAGACCACCCGCCUCCCGGGCAUGUGGCCAGUUGUGGUCAACGCCCGGAAGGGAGACUUCGCUCAACACUACGAAUAUACCCUUGGCGCCAUGGCCGAUUCGCUGUAUGAAUACCUCCCAAAGACGUAUGCGCUCGCCGGUGGCCUGCUACCUAUCUACCGGGAAAUGUACGAGCAAUCGAUGGAUACCGCCAUCCAACACAACCUAUUCCGGCCGAUGCUGCCAGACGAAAAGGACGUUCUCGUGUCUGGUUUGGUCAGGUCCCGCACGGACAACGACGAGCCCACCCGGAAGCUGCAACCAGAAGGACAGCACCUCGUGUGCUUUGCCGGAGGCAUGUUCGCUCUCGGCGGGAAACUUGUCAACAACGAAACCCACGUGGACAAGGGCGAGAAAUUGACUGACGGCUGUAUCUGGACGUACCAGGCCAUGCCCCUGGGAAUCAUGCCCGAGUGGUUCCAGAUGCUGGCUUGCGAGUCAGCCGACCACUGCCCGUGGGAUGAGGAGAAGUGGCGGCGGGCAGUGCUCACCAAGGCUGGUUUGGAUGGCGACAUGGAUCCGAAGCAUGGUGAUGAAAUCAUUACUCAUAAACGGAUCCCGAAGGGCUUCGUUUCCAUCGACGACGCCCGGUAUAUCCUGCGACCCGAAGCCAUCGAGAGUGUCUUCAUACUGUACCGUAUCACCGGUCGCAAGGACCUUCUCGAGUCAGCAUGGAAAAUGUUCGAGGCCAUCGAGGAGAACACCAAGACCCCGUUGGCCAACUCGGCUCUCAACGAUAUCACCAUCACCGAGGGGAAACCCGGACAGAGCGACUCGAUGGAGAGCUUUUGGCUGGGCGAAACGCUCAAGUAUUUCUACUUGAUCUUUAGCGAGCCCGAUCUCAUCAGCUUGGAUGAAUAUGUCUUCAACACAGAAGCCCAUCCGCUAAAGAGGCUUCUUCCGUGAGCUAUCUUGUCACGGGGCCCUCGUUUGUGGAUUUUGGAUGCAAUAGUCGACAUCAUUAGGUUGUUUGUGUAUGAUAUUCUGCGCUGGUUGGAGAUGAAUAUACGGGGAUCGUUACCCUAAAGGCAAGCUCACACUCACCUACCCCUAAAUAACAAUAUCACCCCCCGCGUUUGUAGUGGACAUCUCCCAUUAAAUAUGAAAGCUCUUGAGUUUAACUACUACCA